AUGUCGCUGCACAAGGAAAUCUGUAAAUUCAUUGCACGAUCGAGCUCGAAGCCUUUGCAGAAAUUGGAGUUUGAACCGACCAAACGGAAAACGGGGGCCUUGUCCCAGAUUUUUAGGAAAGUCUUUUUUCCUUACUACUUUAAAUUUAUACGAGCGCCCUAUGAAAGGUGGCAAUUUUGUGCUAUGACAAAAUUCUUAAGGGAACAUGGACUCAUGUAUGACGACAUGUACAGCGACAAAGACCCCGUGAUCGAAAGAGCCAUAUCUCUUCUGCCGAAAGAUAUUCAAAUAAAACGUUACAGGAGAAUGUUAAGGGGAACACAUAUCAAUUUUUUAAGACUUUAUUUGCACCCAUCGGAGCAGAACUAUGAUCCGUACAUUCCAUACCUUGCCCCAUAUAUCGAGGAGGCAAAAUUCCAACUGCAAGAAGAAGAAGAAUUACUGGGUUAUCAUCCCUAUGACAGGAGAUUAUAUACUGGUGGACAAACUGGUUUUGGUGACAUAGAACCUGGAAUGCACUUCCUCGUUUCGAUUCCAAACCUUUAUGGAGCGGCCAUACCACACACCCUGAAGAAGAAGUAG